AUGGUUCAAAAUGAAGUUCCAGGCGAGCUUUGGUCAGAAUGGUGGACGUAUCAGGGUAUAUCAGGGCCGAAGUUCUGGGGAUAUCAUAACCCGGAGUGGAUUUUGUGUCGGAAAGGAAAAUUACAAUCUCCAAUAAAUAUUGAUCCUGACAAUCUUAUAUAUGAUCAAAAUCUACGACAGUUAGAAAUAGGCCAAGACAAGAUAGACGGAAAGUUAAUAAAUACAGGUCACGAUCUGACCUUGACAGUAGAUGACCUUGACUUCACCUUUACAGGGGGUCCAUUGUCCUAUGAUUACGUUGUUUACGAAAUAAAGCUACAUCUGGGGAACUCGGAUCGUAUUGGAUCGGAACACACAGUGGGAGGAAAUGCCUUUCCAAUGGAAAUACAAAUAGUGGGUUACAAUGGAGAUCUUUAUACCAACGCAUCACAAGCCCUCCUUUCACCACACGGACUGGCAGCAAUAUCAGUUAUGGCGAUGGUAACCGAAUCAGGAAACGAACAAUUUGGAAAACUGGUAGAUAUGUCAAGAAGUAUUCAACAAAGAGGAAUGCAAAAAGACAUACAAGGCUUUUCUGUAUCAGAAAUGUUACCAACGUCAGAAUAUUUCAUAACGUAUGAGGGGUCACUCACACAACCUGGUUGCCAUGAGACGGUCACGUGGAUAAUUUUAAAUAAGCCGAUACACGUAUCAAAAGAUCAGCUUCAUCUAUUACGAGAAAUGACUUUUACCGGCGGUAAAGGGGACGGCCUAAUGGAAAAUAAUUUCAGACCACCUUUACCACUCAAUAGGAGGCUAGUGAGAACAAAUAUACAAUCUAAUACACAGAAUGAAGAAUGCCACGCAAGAAAAGUAACGUUUUAUCAAGGUAAGCAAAAUAUGUAA